AUUGACCCCUGACCUCCUGUCGUCAUCCGACCCCGAGUCUCACGUUUUCCUACUGUGACCUCAGACAGUCAGCACACUUCCGAGCUUUACCUUUAGCAGCAGGUAAAACCUCAGAAACACAUUAUUCUGGCCGCAGUGACUCUCGUUGUUCUGAUUUAGUCGCGGAUUUAACAGGAAGGAAAAAAUGGCCGGAGUCGAGGAGCUGUCCCCCGCUACGAGCUCGGUGUCCGUACGGCCCCCAGAGGACGAGAUUGACGACGACGAAGAUGAAGAUCUGGAUGAGACGCUGAUGGAGAGAUUGUGGGGCCUGACUGAGAUGUUUCCUGAAACGAUGCGCACAGCUGCAGAGGUGUCUGCACACUGCUCAGUCUCAUUGAUUAAAAAGUUCUACAGUUUUUCCCGCUCUGCGCUCUGGGUCGGCACUACCUCCUUCAUGAUCCUGGUGCUGCCUGUUGUGUUUGAGACAGAAAGACUACAGCUGGAGCAGCAGCAGCUACAACAGCAGAGACAGAUCCUGUUGGGUCCUAACACUGGAAUGUCCGGUGGGAUGCCGGGCAUGAUGCCUCCUGCACCCGGCAAGAUGUGAGGGGGCAGGAAGGGCCUACAGGAGCCUGAGAUCUGCUGUUGGAGAGGCAGCAGAGUCACUCGGAAGGAGAGACAGAGAGACCAGAGAGAAGAGCGAAGACCUGAAGUUUAAAGAAAAAAAGGCAGAGGCUGUAUGUCAGCAGCGUUCAGCUCACUCCAGCGAUAUUGUGGAGGAGGAUGUGAUGUGUGUCCAACACUUCCCUCUCGCUGUCUCUCCUUACUCCCAGGAUCAUGCAGAGACUGAUUUCCAGAAGCACAGCUUCUGUUAUUUUUCUUUUUUGGGUUCUUUUUUCUUUCUUUUUUUUUAAAAUACUUAUAUCCGCAUAAAUAAUUUCUUCAUAGGGGAUAUCAGUUGAAGUUGGAUACAGUGAAAAGAGAAGUGUGGAAGUUAGCGGUGGUAUAGCUCGGUGUUUGUAGUCAGAAGAAUGGUACUCUCAUUGGUAGUUCAGGUCAUCUUCAUAUGCUUAUUGGUUCCCCUUGCAUGUGAAGAAUGAAGUUAGAAUAUCUGAUCAUAUGUGACAAGUUUUAUUAAAUUAUAAGAUGGGUGUCUACAUUGACCACGUGCUGUGGUUCCGUCUUUGUCUCAGAUCACCAGUGUACUAUAUGUGUAUAGUAUGUCAGAGUGUAAUGCCUCUCGCUUUGAACUUUCCACAGUUAUUGGUUUUAUCGUGUCCUCCUGGUUAAAUGACGCUGAUGUGUUCAGUCUUAAUUGAAUGUAAUUUUGUUUUCCUCUGUUGUCAUUCAUAUGACAGUAUUUUAUAAUCUCUACUGAGCAACCCCAUGAUUUUGUUUUGUGUUCAACAUGACUGCCACAAUUAAAACACCAAAUCAAA